AUGCAGUUUAAGAGCCUUCUCUUUUCCUUCCUUUUGACCUUGACCUUCGGGUUUGUCCUCCUCGCCCAGGCCGAGGACGCUCCCCGCGGGCCCAAGAUCACCAACAAGGUCUACUUCGACAUUGAACAGGAUGGUCAGCCUCUCGGUCGCAUCGUCUUCGGACUGUACGGAAAGACUGUUCCAUUGACCGCUGAGAACUUCCGUGCUCUUGCUACUGGCGAGAAGGGCUUCGGAUAUGAGGGCUCUACCUUCCACCGUGUUAUCAAGGACUUUAUGAUCCAGGGUGGUGACUUCACCAAGGGUGACGGCACUGGCGGCAAGUCAAUCUAUGGUGCAAAGUUCGCCGAUGAGAACUUCAAGCUCCGUCACACCAAAAAGGGUCUUCUUAGCAUGGCCAACGCUGGAAAGGACACCAACGGAUCCCAGUUUUUCAUCACUACUGUUGUCACAAGCUGGCUUGAUGGCCGCCACGUCGUCUUCGGUGAAGUUAUCGAGGGCUACGACGUCGUGGAGAAGAUUGAGAACACUCAAAAGAAGAAGGGCAGCGACCAACCUCUUUCCCCGAUCACCAUCGCCAAGAGCGGCGAGCUGUUGAUGGAUGAAGGUAGCCACUCGGAGCUUUAA